GCCAUCGUUCCCCUAACAAACGAUCGAGGUCGCAAAUCACGUAGCGCAGAAAGGACAGGCGCUAUAGCCUCCCAUUUGCAAGAAUUGCACAUCAAACCAAUUCACAGCCAAUAACUUGUGCAACCAAUACAGCAAUGGAAAAAGAGUCCCUCCUCGCUAUGACCAAGUUGCUCAGGUGCACUCGCAUACUGUGAGACACUGAGUGGCUUACUGUUCAUUAUAACUGUCGAUGUUGCAUUGGGCUCUGAACACGCCGGUAGCCAGGUUCUUGGACCGCUGAAACGACGCGAUGAAAUCUCACAGGCGACCGACGGCUCAACGUCCGCGUUUGCUUGGAAGACGAAUACCAGCCAUUUCGAUGCCAGGCCCAAUAAUGGAGCACAAGUUCGAUCCGGAAUCUGGGCAGGUCUAUUCAGAGACUGAAGUGCGCUUCAGGAGGACUAAACAAACGGAUUGGAUUGGGCAAGCUAGAGGAGGCGGCUACAUCAAGAAGGAGCGCCCUGUGGGGAGUGGUGCUCGGUCUCUUGCCCACCUGGCCAAGAUCAAGGUUGCUAAGCAGUUCCCCAGCCUUACAGCGGACCAUUUUGCUUCAAUUCCCUGGUCAUUGGCGGAGCAGAUCUGGGAAGAACUGCUGUCUAUGGGAAUGGAGAGUUUUCACGCAUGGCGGAUUCUUGCCACAGCAUAUCCUGGCCCAGACGAAUUCGACAAUCCUGAGUACAGAUAUUUCAUACAUAUCAAGACGCCAUCGUUGCCAUAUACUGAGUAUUUGACCGGCAUCACGUCGGAAAGCUUGAACUGGCUGACCUGUCUUCGCGUCUCACCACAGCGAAUGAGCACAGCCGACCUGGUUGCUAUUCACAAGACCACCAACUUAGCCGUGCUAGAUUUGUCAGAUGGGCGCAUCCUUCCAGAUAUCGGCUCUCCGAGGUUCGACGAACGAGUCUUCCGAUCCUGGGCUGAUCUGGCCAGAAACGGUCAGGCCUUCCAGCAUCUUCGGGUUCUCCUUUUUGCCUGGCAGGAUUCGUUGUCUGAUUGGAUUUUCAAAUACGUCGACGCCUUUCCAUCGUUGUGUCGUGUCCUUAUCACGGAUUGCCCAAGAAUGCACCAGAGAAACAGAGUUGAUUGGGAGCCUAUUACACAAGCUGCCGGCUGGGAAGCGAGGCACGCAAAGAAGAGUGCCAAAGACUUACGUCCGGUCGUCCAGGGCUGGAGACGUGAAACAUCUGGGUAUGUCGCCGGCUGUUACGAUGAGAGCUUGGAACUGUUCAAAGAUUUGGCGCAUCCCAGACGACCGAACAUGGUCGAAAGGUUGCCGAUGUUGGAAGUGUGGCUGGACUAUCCACGCCCAUGGACACAUGUCGUUGAUGACUUCCCAUCGACGCGAACGAUAUGGUUUGACAACACCAAAACACGGGUUUGGAAAGAGCAGACGGAAGGAUCUCAGGUCAAGAACCAUGAGGUGUCUAAGAGAGUGAGGAAUCAGGACGUGGCAUCGCAAGGAUCGGCAUCACCUCCGCCAAAGCGAGGAACGAAGACUCAGCCAACGAUGAAGUCGAGGGGAAAGAACAUUACAGCUUUGCUAGGAGAAUUUCAGCCUCGAUAGAUAUCUACGAUGUUGCAGAGAAGAGCGUUUUCUAGAUGAUUGUGCCUGGCGAGCUGAGUGGAGUCUUCAGAGCAUUAUCUCAGUAGCCUCGUUGAUACCUAACUUACCUGGUAUCUGGUAGGUACCCUCCGACGUUAGCGGGCUCCCAAUGCGGCGAGUCACGCUCUCCGCACGCGAUUAUAGAAGGUCAAUAUAUAACGCCCUCACCUGAGC